AGCACCACCGGAGUGGUUGUUGAGUUGGAAAAGGAAACGCAAUUGAAAGGUUCCAACUUGCGAUGGAUUGCGAGUGAACACAACACUUUUCAGAAAGGGAUGGAAAAUGGGUUUGUGGUAGGCGGAUUCCUUGUCCCCAAAGAAAGAAAUAGAAGAAAUGCCCCCAUGCACACCAACUGUUUGCGUUGCGGUCCAGAAAAUUUUAAAUUAUUUCAAAUAUUAUUUUAUCUUAUUUAUUUAUCGGAAGCCAUGAGUGUGAUAUUUUGGUUAUCGGAAGCCAUGAGUGUGAUAUUUUGGUUAGCGGAAGCUUCUUCUUGGUCAGUCAAUGCAAAAUGUAUUAGUUUCGAAGUUUCCCAGAAAGCAGCUUUGCAAUUUGCAGGUAGGUAAAAGCAAAGUCAAUGGAUUCAACUAAGCCUCCUAUGGAAUCAGGAUCGGAUUGUUCCUUAUAUUAAGAGCAUUUUUAUUUGGGUUUUUUCAUACUACUAUGUUCUCCUCUUGUCUUCAAAUUUUGAUUGAAAUAAUUGCAAGUUAGUUUUCGGAUUUUUCGGUGUCGGGUUUUGUUUGAGGGAAGCUGGAAUGGCAGAAGUUGGGGGGCUUUUUGCAGGGGCUGCUGUUGGAACAUUGUUUACUCUGCUGUAUGAUGUUGUUAAGGAUGUCAAGGACAAGACUAUGAUGUUUAAGGAGCUCCUCGGAGAUCUCAAUUCCACGCUAGAAGCGUUAAAGCCGCUGAUCUAUGACAUAGCGAAGUACAAUGCGGUGUUGGAUCAAUCAAACAAGGAAGUAGAAAAAAUUCUGAAACAAAUGAAGAAUGGGAAAGAGUUAGUUCUCGAGUGCUCCAAGCCAAGCCGGUGGAAACUCUUCAAAAAGUAUAAAUACACCGAGCGACUUCUCAAUUUGGACAAGUGUCUGAAAAGGUUGUUGAUGAUACUGGCGGUGGAGGGAACAAGGAAUACGUUUGAGAACUUGGCUGUUUCAAGGGAGAUAGUUGGUGUUGUGAGGGAGGACUUGGCUGUUGCAAGGGUGACAUUUGGUGUUGCGAGGGAGAACUUGGCUGUUUCAAGGGAGUCAUUUGGUGUUGCGAGGGCGAACUUGGCUGUUUCAGGGGAGACAUUUGGUGUUGCCAGCGAGAACUUGGUUGUUUCAAGGGAGACGUUUGGUGUUUCGAGUGAGACCUUGGCUGCUGCGAAGGAGAUCUUGGCUGCUGUCCAGAAAAAUGGUUCGGUAGGAAACAUAGAGAAUGUUGUGAUACAAAAGCAAGAAGAAUUUCAUGAUUUGGGUUCAGUUCCAGAACCUCCACAUGUUACAGUUGGAUUGGAUGAGCCUUUGAGGUAUAUGAAGAAGAUGCUUCUGAAGGGCGAUGUCUCAAUGUUAGUGCUGACUGCUACGGGAGGAUGCGGGAAAACCACAUUGGCAAUGAAAUUCUGUCAAGAUGAGGACGUCAAAGGUAAAUUCAAGGAAAAUAUAUUCUUUGUCACUGUUUCGGAACACCCCAACUCAGAUGUAGAAAAGCUAUAUCAACGCAUAAAGUCUCAGGAAGCGGGACAAGAUCUACUGUUGGUCCUGGAUGAUGUUUGGUCCAACACUGUUCUUCAGAAGUUUGUUGAAUUGAAGUUGCAAAAUUACAAGAUCUUGGUGACAUCGAGAUCUGAAUUUCCAGGAUUUGGCACUCCGUAUAAACUCAAACCUUUGGAGUACAAAGAUUCAAUGACUCUUUUGCGUCAUUCAGCAGCCCUGGGAGAUAGCUUGUCUGUUCCAGAAGAUCUCCUGAGAGAGAUACUAAAGCACUGUAAGGGAGUUCCGCUUGCCAUUACAGUGACCGGGAACUCACUUAGUGGACAAGCAGCAGAAUCCUGGCUUUCAAGACUAGAAGACUGGCGUAGAGGUUCUAUUCUUGAUUAUGAGACUAAGUUGCUUCUUUGCCUUAAAAGUAGCAUAGAUGCCUUAGGUGACAAAGAGCCUAUCAUCAGGGAAUGUUUCAUGGACCUUGUUUCAUUUCCUGAAGAUCAAAGAAUCUCUGCUGCUGCUUUCAUGAUAUGUGGUCAGAGUUAUAUAUGCUAGAUGGGGACUUUCGGUCCAUCAAGAACCUCCACGAGCUCGCCAGGAAAGGUCUGGCAAAUCUUGUGAUCACUAGGAAUGAGAAUAUGGCGAUUCUGGAUAACUACUAUAGCGAACACUUUGUUCGCCAGCAUGAUAUGCUUAGAGAUCUGGGUAUCUACAUUGCGAAACUAGACCCAAUAGAAGAUAGAAAAAGACUGAUUGUCGUAAGUGGACGCAAUCAACCCAAGUGGUUGAGGGAGCAGAAGUCUCAACCCAUCAAUGCUCGCCUAUUAUCUAUCUCCUCUGAUGGAACGUACCCAACACAAUGGCAGAGUGUUCAUCUACCACAAGUUGAGGUUCUAGUUUUGAAUUUUAAGACAGAGAACAAUGCCUUACCUGAAUUUGUGCAGAAAAUUGACAAACUGAAGGUUCUAAUAGUCACAAACUAUGGUUUAUCACCUACUGAAUUGAGUAAUUUUAAUCUUCUGGAAUCAUUAUCAAAUCUGAAGAGAAUCAGAUUAGAGAGCAUUUCAAUUCAUUCCAUAACCAAGAACUGGGUACCAUUGAAGAGUCUAAAGAAGAUAUCGUUAUUCAUGUGUAAUAUGGGUCAAGCUUUCCACAAUUGUUCCAUCAAAAUUUCUGAUGCCUGGCCAGGUCUAGAGGAAAUGAAUAUCGACUAUUGCGAUGAUUUGGUGGAACUGCCUGCCGAGCUCUGUGAUCUUGUUCAUAUGAAGGUGCUUAGUAUCACCAACUGCCAUCAGCUAUCUUGCUUGCCUGAAGAGAUCGGAAAUCUGAAGAAUUUGGAUGUAUUGAGACUAAGGUCCUGUACAGAGUUGGUAAGGCUUCCGGUUUCAAUUGAAAACCUCACUAAGUUGCGCUGCCUUGACAUGUAUAAUUGUUUCGGCAUUAGGAAGUUGCCUGAAGGCAUUGGUAAGAUGAGAGGUUUAAGAAAGAUCAACAUGGGACAAUGCUCAAGAUUGGAGGAGUUGCCUCUAUCAGUGUGGGAUCUUGACGAGCAGUUAGAGGAAGUGAUUUGUGAUGAAGAGAAGAAACCUUUCUGGGAUUCCUUCUUAGCCAGAGACAAAAUCAAGGUGACAAAAGAAAAAUCCAAUCUGAAUUGGCUCGAAAAGCCUCAGUUAUGAGACCUGUCUUUCCUCAAUAAAUGUUGGAGCAACAUGUUUCUGAUUUGUGUUGCAUUGUUUUUCUCAAUAAAUGUUUCGUUCUUGGUUCUGUCCAAUUUCUAUGUUUCAUCAUAUGAGUUUGUAAUACUAUUUAUUUCAAACUCUGUUGAGUCUUAAGAUAUUUUGUGGUGUUGUUUUUUUGUAUAAUUAUCAUGUUAUUGUUUUACACAACAUAAAUAAUGUGUAUUAUAUUUUCUUGGA